CAGAAAAUACGAGUCAGUUCCGACGGCGCUGACCGAAGAAACGCGUUUCCGGAGAAAAUUCCGCACAAAGAAAAAAUAAGAAGAAGAAGAAACGAUAGAGAGAAGGAGCAUUAGAGAAAUGGCGUUCACGAUGUACAGCUGCAAGGAAUGCGGAUCGGGUCUAAACCUAAACCCUAACGACAUGUUUCCUCCCGAUUUCUACUUCGAAGCGGGUAACAAAGGAACCAUCUCCUUCGCCGCCGUCGACGCCGACAAAUUCAGAUUCGAGAAGGAGGACAAGAUCAUGCCCUUCUUCGAAACCCUAAAUUACUGGGGAAUCCAACGUAAACGAACCAAGAUCAAGUGCAAUAGCUGCGGCCACCUCGUGGGUUACAUCUACGACGAUGGUCCUCCUCUCACCGGCGGUAUCGGUCAGUACGGGUUCGGUCCGAGUCAGGUCGUUCCUCGUGCUCCUCGUUACCGAUUCAAAACCAAGACCCUUCUGAUCUCGUCCCAGACAUAAUAUCUGAGCCAGAGGGUUUAAGCUUUGCAUAGAGAUAUAUACACACAUUUAUGUAAUUAAGUAUGUUGUUUAAGUUGGAUUUGUGAUUAUAUCGGUUGUGUUUGUGUUUGAUGUGAAUCAGUAAACUGCUAUCUAAGCAGAGGGUUUAAACUUUGCAUGUAAAUAAAGAGUAUGUGUUUGUGUUUAUCGUUUCAUCUUUUCUUCAGUAAUCAUCAGUUCUUGUUAUGGCGAUUCGCUUCUUUGGUGAGACUAAUUCAUUAUUCAUUGCUUGAAUGUUCGUACGAGGAACUCAAAAGUUGAGUUGUUUUCUUUAUUAUACAAUCGGCGGCUUAAAGCAUAAGUGAAGAACAGAACAAGAACCAAUAGUUAGUUUAAUGGAGGAGGGUCAUGUUGAAAGUGGCCUUUCGGUGAGUGAUUGCGAUGGCCAUUCAUUAUUCAACGGAUGUGAUUGAAAGAUGUACCAUUAGGUGCUUCAAGACCAUAUAUUUUACAUUAUCCUUACAUUACUUUAUCAUUGAGUGAAGAUUAGAAGUUACAGCUACCUGUCUCUAUCUUCUACAGUUUAAGCUAUUUAGUUUGUCUUAACGUACAAGAUAAUUAGAAGAGUAGACAGACGUAGACGUUGGCAAUUGUUUGGUAGACCCUUAAGAAUCUUAGGUGUAUCUCUUUAGUUUGAAGGUGAAGUCCUUGGUAUGGAUAUGAAGAAGCAGAUUAUGGAUGGCUCUGAGAAUUUGGGAUUCAAGAAGUCAUCGAUGCCGCCUCCCCCUCCUCCGCUUCCUCCAUCUCCAGGAUAUGUAUCAAGAAAGAUCGAGGGAGAUAGCAUAACCAAUAAACAGAUCAAGAAGUUCUGGAGGCAGAAGCAGAUCAUUGAAGAGGAGCAUCUCUUUGCUGCUAUUAAGGCUGCAGCUCGUGUCAGAGCCCGUAAUCUCUCUGAUGAGGACUACAAACGCUUUGAAGAAAGCUUGGACAUGGAGGAUCCAGAAACCGAAGUUCAUGAGGGAAUUAAAGACUGGUGGAUGAAGAGUAAGUACGCAUACUUGAACCAGCCUGCUCUUGGAUCUGCAGAUUCACUCAAGAGAAAGAGGUUUUCGACUUAUGUACCAAACUAUUUCUCAUUCAAGCCUUGCAUUCCUCUCUAUGCAACUUCGCUUAAUGUCUUUUAACUAUGGGAAAAUUCUCUUGCGUAUAUGUCUACAUAUGUGUGUGUGUUUGUGUCUUUGUACAUUCAUGUGUUACUGUGUUCUAUGUUAAUGGAUCUGGACUUUGGUGUGUGGUUGUUUGA